UUACUUCACACAGCUAAGCUGUGUAAUAAGGGCAUAUGCCGUGUCAGUUUUGUGUAUUAUUGAGGUGUGGCAGGUGCCAAACUUUUGUUCCAUACUGAAGGAACUCUUUAAGGAAAACUGUCUAGAUGACCUAUAGUCAUUGAGGAAGACUGCAACAAAAACAAUGACUCUUUUCAUCACCUAAAACUGGACAAGAGAACCUAAAAGGAGCUAUUGAGUAAAAUACCUACCAGACCUACCAAAAAGUAACCCACUGGCCCUCUUAUCCAUUUCACCAUGACACCAAAACCCCCACGAUUAAAACCGACUAACACACCCCACCGCACCAACACAACCACAACAGCUGCUCCUGGGUUCCUGUCCUCCAUACUGGACAAGAUUCCUUUGCCAAGAUGGGCCAUCUAUACUAUAUUCGCUGCCAUCAUCCUCUUGAUGCUGAUCUGCGUGAUGUGCUGCUGUGUAAAAUGUUGCUGCAAAGGGAAAAAGAAGAAGAAGAAGGUGGACCAGACGAUCAAUAUGGAUGGGAUGACAGGGUCCACGACCACAGCGCUGGUGCAACCUGGUGCAGAAGACGUUGAAGGAAGAUCAGCCAAUCAGCAGAGAGGAAAACUGGAGUACUCACUGGAGUUUAAUGCACCCAAAUCAGAGCUGACAGUAGGAAUAAAAGAAGCAGCUGAUUUGAAAGCAAUGGAUUUAGGAGGAACGUCUGAUCCUUAUGUGAAAGUCUAUAUCCUCCCCCGCAAGUCCAAAACAUUCGAGACCAAAGUCUUCAGGAAAACGCUUAACCCUGUGUUCAAUGAACAUUUCAAAUAUCAGAUCCCUCAGAAAGAGUUAAUUGAGUCCACACUGGUGAUGCAGGUGUAUGACUUUAACAGAUUCUCCAAGCAUGACAUCAUCGGUGAGAUCAGACUGGAUCUGUCCACUGUGGAUUGGAAUCAUGUGAUCGAGGAAUGGCGCGAUCUGAGUGAAGCUUCUAAACAUGGGCAAGAACAUCUGGGAGAUAUCUGUUUCUCUCUUCGCUAUGUCCCGACUAACGGUAAACUCACGGUGAUCAUACUCGAAGCCAAGAACUUGAAGCAGAUGGAUCAGGGAGGUUCUUCAGAUCCAUAUGUAAAAGUUCAGUUGAUUUUGGACCGGAAGAAGUGGAAGAAGAAAAGGACGUCAGUGAAGAAGCAUACCGUCAAUCCCUACUUCAACGAAUCCUUCACAUUUGAUGUGUCUUUUGAACAGAUUCAGAAAGUUCAGCUGGUCAUCUCUGUCUGGGACCAUGACAAAAUUAGCAGAAACGAUGCAAUUGGUAAGAUCUACCUGGGCUGCAGUGCUACAGGAAACCAGCUGAGACAUUGGGCGGAUAUGUUGUCUAAUCCACGCAAGCCUGUUGCGCAGUGGCACACGCUGCUGUCUUCUGAACAGGUGGACACAACGCUGGCCCUCAAACACCCUUUAAAGUUACCUUUAAGGAAUAAAAUCUUCUGAGAAACACAGACAACCUGAUCCGACCAGAUCUGUCAAUCAUUCCAACUUAUUACUGCAACAUUUACAAGUGACCAGACUGUGGGACCAAUAAGAAAAUAUAUUUUUCCUUCCAAUGCUUUAUUUCUUCUUGUAUUAUAUCAGUGAAAUGAGAAUAUUUGCACAAAUUGUGGUGAUAACAUGUAUCACAAGUAAUAUUUUUGAAUCAACUAAAAUGAACAAACAAUGAACCAUUGUAUUGGUUUUAAAUAACAUUAAUAAAGAUUAAUAAAGAACCUUUUAUGUUAGCUAAUGCAUUUACUACUGUUAAUAAUUGAAACCUUAUUAUGAUCAAAUAUUUUGAUGCCCAUGAUAAAUCUCCAAUAAAUACUGAAUAAAUUAAAGGGCCCAUAUUA